CCGUGAUGUCCGUGAACUCAGCAGUAGCUUGACCCUCUUGGCUCGCCGUCCCUUCUUCACAUGACUGCGCUGCGUGUGACCGUCCUACAUUCCUCCGGUGUGUGAUGAUGAUUAUCUUGUCGUUAACGAACACUUUGACGCACACGACCUAAACUUACACACCGGAGUUGGCGAUGACGUUACACCAUUUUCGCCUGCCAUGUUUCGUGUGGGUCUUUCAUUUGUAUUUUUCCUAAGUUUGUAACUUGACGUGACGGCGAAGCUGUGACGUCAUCACCGGUGGCGGACAACUCUUGAUGACUGCUAAAAAAGUCUUUUUGGACAAUGGCCGACUUUAUUCCGUCUGACUCGAAAGGGUGUCAUUAUUUUUUUCUAUACGAUGGCUCCAAGGUGAGAGGAGAAGGUGACCCGACUAAAGAAGGCAUCUGCUACUUCUAUCCUGAAGAGACGGCGGUGGACAAGCAGGAGCUCCUGUGCGGGCAGCUCGCUGGCGUGUGCCGCUGCAUUUCCGAGCUUUCUUUUUCUCCCACACGCCUGGUGAGGCUGCGUCGCAAUAAGUUUGCCAUCCACAUGCAAGAUGAUUUCUUUUGGGCUCUGGGCUGCUCCAUGGACAUUCCCACUGUCAGCAUCUGCCGGCUGCUGCAUAAACUCAUCAACCUCUUUUGCUUCUACAACGGCUGCGUACGCCAGAGCUACCAGCUCCACAGCCAUGAAACAUUGGCUGCUCAUUGGUCACAGUACCUGGCACACCUGCUAGCAGGACCUUCUGAGCUUCACCGUGUCUUCAGCUCCAUGACCACCAUCGACUCCACAAACGUUGACCCACUUCUUCUGCUGAAGGCUGCCCUUAUUCUUCAGGCCUGCCAGCGCUGCCCCCUAGUGUUGGCAGGCUGUAUUCUGUUCAGAGGAAGAGUGGUGAGCACGCAGAUGUCUCCACAUCUAACCAUGAAGAUUAUGGUUCAUGAGAGUCAAACAUACAAGUCACAGACAAGCAAAGGUCAGAGUUCAAGCAGCUCAUUCAGUGAUGCGGUUAGUUCCAGGACCGUCUUCCUCACCAUGUUUGAACUUCAGUACCUGCAGUCCGUCCCUGUUGACAAACAAAUACGGUUGCACUCUACGCCAAUCAAAGAGCCCCGGUUACGUCCCAGCCCUCUGUCCAGGACUUCAUCAGACACUUCUGAGUGCCCUCACAAAGCAUCCUUGAGUCCUGGCUCGUCUGCAUCGGACGACUCCGUGUUCGGACAAGUUACCUCGCAGACCGGCGCCGAUCCGCUCAGACCUCCUCUUUCCCACGGAGACGUCUCUCGCCCAGCUGAGGAGGAAGUUGGAGGAGGUUCUCGCAGCAGCAGUGGCCAGCUCAGUGAAGAUGGCACAGGUGCGCACGCAGCGCAGGUGUUUGAUACCGGCGGGACAGAGUUCCGCAAUGAGGAGUCACGGGAUGGCGUUUGGGAGGCGGCGAGGGAGACCACUCUGGCUGACGACUCUCCUCUGAUCCCCAUGACGCUGUACCUGCACAGGGUGAAAGGUCUGGUCCUGGCCCUGCUGGUGGAGCCUCACUUCUUAUGUGACAAAGCCGCCAUGGAGGAAGUGCAUCACAGCUGCUUGGCGUCGCUGAAUGGACUGGAGGCACACCUCAGGACCGUCUCUCCGGGGGCGCCGGCCACCGCGGGACCUUACGUCUUCGCCCACUUCGACUGCGCUCGGAGCACGCUAAUGACCAACAUGUCUGCCGGAGCGGGGGGAGGCCCCGAGCGGCCUUUUGUCAGAGCCGCAUCGCUUCUUCACUCGCAUUUCUGUAGCACUGAAACUCUGCAGGAGGCUAUUAUCAGGAACGCCAGCGCCGCCAUCUACGGGACCCGCAACGCCGCCCAGGAGACGUACUUCCUGCAGCACGGCGCCGCACUGAGGAACUCGGGCAUCCCCAACCAUCAGGACAGCGCCUUCUCGCUGCCGGCCAAGACGCGACACAGACUACUCAAACAUGGCGUCAACCUGCUCUGACAGGACGGCACCGCUUGGUACCACUUGGUACCUGAGGUCAGGAUGUCCAAACACUCAUUUUCUUAUAUAUUUGCAAUAUAUACUGUUAGGUCCUCACAUUAGCUUAUUAGUAUUUAUUUAUUUAAGCAGGCCAUCCCUUGCUACACAUCCUCUAUUUCCAUUGUGUCGAGCAUUCUGAAAACCCGCUCAGUGGCCUAGUGGUUAGAUCCAGAGGUGGGUAGAGUAGCCAGAAAUUGUACUCAAGUAAGAGUACUGUUACUUUAGAGAUUUAUUACUCAAGUAAAAGUAAGGAGUAGUCACCCAAAUAUUUACUUGAGUAAAAGUAAAAAGUAUGUUGUGAAAAAACUACUCAAGUACUGAGUAACUGAUGAGUAACAUACACACUCAUAUCAUAUAUAUAUAUAUAUAUAUAUACAGUGGGGCAAAAAAGUAUUUAGUCAGCCACCAAUUGUGCAAGUUCUCCCACUUAAAAUGAUGACAGAGGUCUGUAAUUUUCAUCAUAGGUACACUUCAACUGUGAGAGACAGAAUGUGAAAAAAAAAUCCAGGAAUUCACAUUGUAGGAUUUUUAAAGAAUUUAUUUGUAAAUUAUGGUGGAAAAUAAGUAUUUGGUCACUUCAAACAAGGAAGAUCUCUGGCUCUCACAGACCUGUAACUUCUUCUUUAAGAAGCUCUUCUGUCCUCCACUUGUUACCUGUAUUAAUGGCACCUGUUUGAACUGGUUAUCUGUAUAAAAGACACCUGUCCACAGCCUCAAACAGUCAGACUCCAAACUCCACUAUGGCCAAGACCAAAGAGCUGUCGAAGGACACCAGGAAAAGAAUUGUAGACCUGCACCAGACUGUGAAGAGUGAAUCUACAAUAGGCAAGCAGCUUGGUGUGAAAAAAUCAACUGUGGGAGCAAUUAUCAGAAAAUGGAAGACAUACAAGACCACUGAUAAUCUCCCUCGAUCUGGGGCUCCACGUAAAAUCUCAUCCCGUGGGGUCAAAAUGAUCAUGAGAACGGUGAGCAAAAAUCCCAGAACCACACGGGGGGACCUGGUGAAUGACCUGCAGAGAGCUGGGACCAAAGUAACAAAGGUUACCAUCAGUAACACACUACGCCGACAGGGAAUCAAAUCCUGCAGUGCCAGACGUGUCCCCCUGCUUAAGCCAGUACAUGUCCAGGCCCGUCUGAAGUUUGCCAGAGAGCACAUGGAUGAUACAGCAGAGGAUUGGGAGAAUGUCAUGUGGUCAGAUGAAAACAAAAUAGAACUUUUUGGUAUAAACUCAACUCGUCGCGUUUGGAGGAAGAAGAAUGCUGAGUUGCAUCCCAAGAACACCAUACCUACUGUGAAGCAUGGGGGUGGAAACAUCAUGCUUUGAGGCUGUUUUUCUGCUAAGGGGACAGGCCGACUGAUCCGUGUUAAGGAAAGAAUGAACGGGGCCAUGUAUCGUGAGAUUUUGAGCCAAAACCUCCUUCCAUCAGUGAGAGCUUUGAAGAUGAAACGUGGCUGGGUCUUCCAGCAUGACAAUGAUCCCAAACACAAUGACAGAAGCGCUUUUUUUCCUAACUGCUCCGGUUUUGAUUUUAUGACCCUUCAAAGACCCGCUGCGCUGAUGCUGCUGUUUUUUUUUAAGAUGGCUGCUUAAAAGCAGGAAGCACCAACGUGCCCACACAAUGCAGACAAGGUAGGUACACUAGACAAAAGUCUUGGGACACUUCAGACUAAAAGUAGACAAAAGUAUUGGGACACUUAGGACUAGCACCUGCCAAAUACGCGGGCCCGACCAACGCUGCUUGCAGCUUUAAUUAUUAUUAUUAUUUAUCUUGAGGUAUAUCAAAAAUAAUUUGAGCAAAAUGUAAUUGAAAUAUUGUCGGUGUGGCCCUCCAGCAGUGCUCAUGCGGCCCCUGGUAAAAAUGAAUUGCCCACCCCUGUUGUAGAUGAUGCUAAAAUAUGUAGAAAAUAAAGCACAUGUUAGUACAUCAGUCCAGGAAAAUGAUCAAACUACAUAAAUAACAUCCUGUAAUUUCAUUUUGAUAUUAUUUUUUCAUCUUGAUAGAUUGAAAAUGAACAGCAAUGACGGCAGAAUGUAUAUUGAUUAUUGCUGGUUUUGUUGAUAAUGAAAAGGUGUGAUUUGUUGGGAGCCACAGGGGCCACACCGUCUUUAUUGUUUCUAACAUCUUUAUUAAAAGCUUGUAACACUUUCACAUAUAUCAGAAAACAACAA